CUCCCCUCAUCUUCUCGCCAUCCAUUUUAUCCACCCGCCAUUGCUCCUGUUUGCUUGUUUGUUUGCUUCAACUGAAUUGCUCCCUUGUCCAUCUCUCCGCUUCCCUCCCUGCUCAAUCUUCUCCUUCCUCCUCAACGCUCAUUCCCUUUCUCUGCAAUCAACAUCCCAUCUCCGGCCUUGUCUCAUUCCUGUCUGCUGGCCAGGAACUGUUAUUUCCAUUCAACAUUUCCUGUCUCCCCUCCGCAAGGCCCUUCCUUCCGCAUUUAAGGUUUCGCCUUCUCCCCAACAGACAAUGCCAGUGCCGGUGCCAGUGCGCUGGAGGAUAUUGUCGCGGCUGUUGACAGGCACAGUCGUCGCAUUGGCUGUCGCAGGUCUGAUCUCGGCACAGUCCACUCUUAUAACCACAACCGUUGUUGCCACCUCAACCGUUACUGCCACUGUCACCUCUACUGCGACCCCCUCACCAGCAGUCUGUCAGCCCCAGUACGACUGUUCUAGCUCUCCCAAGGGCUGCUUAAACAAUGGUGUCUGCUCAAACAAGAUGUGUACCUGUAUGCCAGGGUUUGGUGGAAACGACUGCAGCCUCUUGGCCUGUGGGUCGCCCUUGACCGACCCUUCACAACGACCUACAGCUCCUCCUAACACGGGCUGUUCCAAGUGCGACGACGGAUUCGGCGGAUUCAACUGCAAUGUCUGUCAGACAGAUGCUGGGUGCCAGUCAAAACCACCCUCUCGCACAUCCUUCCUCGGCAACGAGAACAUGGUCUGCAAUAAGGAUCCCGAGGUCUAUUACGACUCUUUCAUGUCCUGCGCAGUCCGCGCCCCCGAGCUUACGGGCUUCUUCCCUGGAAACUACACCCUCACGCUCGAUCUCAAUUCCGUUAACAAGAGUGUGAAUGCCCAGUUAUGGUUGGGACAGGCGGAGCAGUUCUUCUGUGAUGCCCCCAAUUGUACCCUCGCGACCACCGAGCAGAAUGGAGUCGUGCAGACCAAAUGGGAUUGUCCAGUGCUCAAAUGCAAUUGUAUCACGCCCACGUUGAUGUGUGGAGGGAUCCCUGGGCCGGUCAUUACAUUGGGCGAUACGAUCGAUUCUCUCCAUGGACCGUUCUCGCUGACGUGUCCACAUGGCAGUAAGGAUUGCGACUUCUUUAUUGCGGAUCUAGCAGGAUUCUUCCCGACGGGUUUGAAAAUGGUUGACUGUGAUAUGGGCGAGUGUGUGUUCCCGUCCGAGAUGCAGUCGUCGGUCACGACCGUCAAGGCGACGAUGGCACCGGGUGUGAUUGCUUGCCUGGCGAUUCUGGGUGCUUUGAUCCUUUUGUUGAUCGUCAUUUGCGCGGUCGCUCGCAGAAACCAGUUGAUUCUCAGCCGCACGCCCUACACACUCAACACCGAGGCCGCAUCGCUCGAGUUCCGCAAUGUGGGGUACACGCUCAACAAGGAUGGAUUACAGAUCCUGAAUGGUAUCUCGGGUGCAGCCCCCGCAGGUGUGGUCCUGGCAGUGAUGGGUCCCUCUGGGGCGGGUAAAUCAACGCUGGUGGAUAUUCUGGCGGGCAAACGCAAGGACGGAAAGGUGGCGGGUCAGAUUCUGUUGAAUGGCAAGCAGGCUCAUGAAAGCGAUAUUCGUCGGGCAGUUGGAUUUGUCGAUCAGGAGGAUACGUUGCCUCCGACCCAGACUGUGUAUGAGGCCGUGCUGUUCUCGGCCAUGUUGCGUCUUCCGGAGGCGAUGCCGGUCUACCAAAUCCAUGAGCGUGUUGCGGAGGUCAUUGAGAUGCUGGGCUUGACACACUGCGCCAACCGAAGGAUCGGCAAUGUGACAUCGCGUGGUAUCUCUGGAGGCGAGAAGCGUCGAGUGUCGAUUGCGCUAGAACUGAUCACGCGCCCUCCGAUCCUGAUCCUGGACGAGCCAACCUCUGGUCUGGAUUCAUACAGUGCCCAUAUGGUGGUUGAGCAACUCUGUAAAUUGGCGGCUAGCAAGACUACGACGGUCAUUUUAACGAUUCACCAGCCUCGCUCGGAUAUCUUUCACAUGUUCGAUCAGGCCCUUGUUAUCAGCAAGGGCGAGGCGCUUUAUUUUGGAGCUACAAGCACGGCAGCGGAGUACUUUCGACGACGGGAUCUGGUUUGUCCGGCCAACUACAACAUCGCGGAUUACUUGUUGGAUAUUGCGAUGGAUCAGGACCUGAUUAACAAGGCCAAGGCCUUUGAGGGCAACGAAUAUGAAAAGGAUGGUGUGUCGUCUGCACAUCAGACCUACGUCUCCGGAAAUGUGGUCUCACGGCGUGCAGUAGGUGCUAACAACAACAGCAACAGCAAUAACAGCCAUACUGAUUCCGGCGACAUCACACUAAGAUGGAUCGAGCCAUCGCCGCACGAGACCGCAGUGCGGAUAGAAGACACAGGGUCUUCGGGUUCGUCAACACCAUCGCUCUCGGACAGUGUAACCGCUAAGCGCCAAAAGACCGUUUACUCAACCAGUUUCCUCACCCAACUCCGUGUGAUUAUGAAGCGCAACUUCCAGACCCUGAUCCGCGACAAGUCCUUACUGGUGCUUCAUCUGGCGGUGUCGAUCAUUUUGGGUAUCUUUAUUGGCGGACUCUAUUUUAAAGUACCCAUGAACCUGGCAGGCUUCCAGAACCGUGCUGGUUCACUGUUCUUCAUGCUUGCUCUUCUCGGUUUCAGCAGUAUCUCUGCCCUGGGCGCAUUCACGGACAUUCGGACGCUGUUCAUCAAGGAGCGCUCGAAUGGUUACUAUCCGCCGACACCGUUUAUCAUCUCGACAUUGCUCUUCGAUCUAAUCCCUCUACGCAUCAUCCCCUCGCUCUUUAUGGGCUGCAUUUCCUAUUUCAUGAUUGGUCUCUCCCCAGUCGUGGAGACGUUCUUCAAGUUCCUGCUGAUCCUCGUGCUGUUCAACGUCGCAACCGCACUCUUUUGCCUGGUCAUUGCAGCAGGCGUCCGCACCACCGGCGUAGCAUCGUUGGCGUCAUCGAUCGUGAUGCUAUUCAUGAUGUUAUUUGGAGGGUUCAUGAUCAACUCCGGCAACAUCCCUGCGGCCCUGACCUGGAUCCAGUACCUGUCGAUGUUCAAGUAUGGAUUCGAGGCCUUGGCGGUGAACGAGGUAGCGACUUCAAAAUUGAUUGAUACGAUCCAGGGUGUUGCGUUUAAUGUGCCUGGAUCGUUGAUCUUGCAGAAGCUGUUUGGAUUUGACUUGGGCGGGUAUUGGAGGAAUAUGAUUAUCCUGGUUGGGUUCAUCGUACUCUUCAUUGCCAUGUUCUGGACACUUGUCAGCACCCGACUCAAAGAGCGGAAGUAGUCGCACAGUUCUACAUCUUGUAUAAUAUUCUACUCCAUAGUCAUAAACAAUAUUCAUCCUUCUGUUCCUUGCUCAUCGCCAUACUUGCGAAAAGUCUUUUUUUUUUUUUUGUGAAAGGAUGCCAUAGGGAGACCCCCGUUUUUGUUUAUUAUUAUUCCAGAUAGAAGAACCCUGCAGAGGCGCAUGGGUGAUCGUUGUAAUGGAGAAUAUCAUUUCAAAAGCGGAGCAAACCAUUGACGGUUUAAUCGAAAAGACCGAAUCCCAUAUCGUCAUCGGACUCCUCCUUGGGCUCCUCCUUCUUCUCCACCUUCUUCUCCUCAGUGGCAGCAGC